AUGGCACCGCGUCCCGAAAAACUAAACUAUUCAGCCAACGGCGCUCUACUUCAAGUGAAGGCCCCCGAACGUCGCCCUGGUUUUGAACCAAUCGGCAUCUGGACAACUGUCAUUCCAGCAACUUACUCGGAAAUCUUGUCACGAUUCAUCAAAGACACAUUCCCACAAGAUGACCAUCGCAUGCCCCAUGUCCGCCGGUUUGUCACCGAAACUAAUUACGACAUUCCCGCAGAAUACCAUGUAACAGCACCUCCGCCCAAAAAGAAGCAAAAAUCCGAUGAGAAUGAACCUGAAGAUCCAUCUGCCACAAAGGAAAAGAAAAAACAGCCGAAACAGAAAAAGGGCCAACCAAAAGAAGCAGUCCCUCCAAAACCUACAAAUAUCUAUCUUCGCGUAUUUGUGUGUACUGUCGAUGCUGUAGCUUCUGCAGAAGAAGCACAAACUCUACUGGCUCCAUUGGUAGAAUCAACACGCGAAAAAUACCCAUUUUUAUAUUUCCCCGGACUCAUUGAAAAACGCACAGCAACAUUACAUCCAGCAGACACAAAAAAUGAGUCGGAAGAAUGGGCAAAAAGUGUUGGUUGGCCUCUAAUGUGGCGCGGCAACGUGGCUGCGAUUCCAGACUCCAUUAGUGAACGUGAACAAGCACAGGCCUUAAAAUAUGUCAAAAAGCUUAAAGAGGUUUACGAUGAAGAAACUGAAAAACUACCUAAAGACUCAAUUCCAAUCAUUACCCUUAUUGUUGAUCCUCUGAAUGAUAGAAUAAUCACUACAGGAACUGAUUUGCGCACCAAACACAAGCCACUGGAUCAUAGUGCAUUGAUUGCCAUAGAACGGGCCGCUGUUUGGCGUAAAGAGGCAGAGAAAGUUGCUAAGGAGACCUUAAUCCCUGCGUCUUCCAAGCCCAUGGCUGCACCAGCUGUCAACAAUAUUAAAUCAGGCGAAUUACCACCAGAUUAUAACGAAGACCGUGAUGGAUAUUUGUGUCGCGGAUUCCAUGCAUAUAUGACCCAUGAACCUUGUGCAAUGUGCAGCAUGGGGCUGUUGCACUCACGGUUCACAAGGCUUAUCUAUGUUAUCCCUCAAAAGGGAUCUGGAGGAAUCGACGCUGCGUCGUGUGGACUGUGUAUCCAUGAUCAACCGUCACUUAACUGGCAGUACGAGGCAUGGAGAUAUGUACGGGAAGAUGAAUUUGCAGAAAUUAAGGAACUGCCGGAUCCAGGUUUUCAUGUGUAA